AUGAUUCCAGCACCUCUCCUUUCGCUCGCCUUUCUGCUUGGUGCGGCCACCGCUGUACCUCUCGGAUCUCCUCUGCCUGGAGCACCUCCUCCAAAUCGCUGCAUGAUACGUUGCCCAGCUCAAAGACACGGUGAGUCACUUUGGCGCCUCAAUGGCGGCGGCGCUCACCAUUGCAUGUCUCAUCCCGAGCUACAGUAUUGAAGAACGUCCCUCGUGACCUGGACCUGCGCAAGCCCAAGGACUUUGAUUGGGCUGCACUACUCUGGACGACGGCUUGCACCGCUAUGGAGGGCAUCAAGCCGGUUUUUGAGCUGGUGGAUGGCAAGGUGGAGGUGUACUGCGCCAGCCAGUGAGCCAGCUACACGCGGAUAUCUCGACGCGAUGCGAUGAGAGCAAAGACUUACGAUUCCUUCCUGCCUCAAUUCAGCGAUGGAAAACACGAUCUUGCCGAUGAUGUCGUGCAGUACUGGAAGAGCAAGGGUCGUGACGGCUUUGAGCUCUGGUGA